AUGUCCCAUAUCCGCCACUGUCCAGAGUUCCAACUCGCCCGGUCUGAUUCCAAAAACCCAGCGACGACCUGUCAAGGGCUGACAGCCGAUGGCCGAAGGUGUCGACGGACGGUGAUAGCUGCUGCAUCAUCGAGCAAGCAAGAUGUCCUGCAGAGAGGAAGAGACAGUGGCAGGGAAGAUGAUACCACGAUAGAGACGCCGGGCGGCUUGUUUUGCUGGCAGCACAAGAGUCAGGGUGAAACAUUGUCGGUUUCGAGGCCGAGGACGUCAAGGCUAAAGCCGCGAUCCAGCUUGGACACGCUCAUUGAACGUGUGGGCGUGUUGUCUGUUGAUGAAGUGCAUUCUGUACGUGGCAGUACGGCUGUCUCAGGGAUUAAUGUUGAUCGAAACCCAACCUCUGGGCAUCGUUUGGAUGGCUCGGUUAGAAGGACUGAGCAGGUGGCUGGAGUAGCUACUCUGCAUGUUCCAAAGGCGCCAAAGAAGAAAUCGAAGCAGCGGAUGAAGUUUGUCUGUUUCUUCACCCCCAUGGACAGCGAUGAUGAACACCAUCCUGUGCCUAGAAGGAGUUCGCAUGCUCGGCCCAUACCACAUCCAGGCGACCCGGUUCCGCAGCCUCUGCCACAUAGCGGACGUCGACAUGCAAGAUCUGGUCAUGAACGGGGCUCGCGUCAUAGGUCUGACCUGGCAGAGUACACACCACCCAAGAGGAAACAACUUCCACCCACCGUCGAGGAGCCUUCGCUAUCCAACAACCAACCGUUACGUCCAUCGAUUUCCAACAAACGUGGCCCAUCUCAAACGGAGUACCUUCUCUCCUGGAUUCCAUCAAGUUUGUCGCCAGAAACAACUUCAAAACUACUACAAAAGCUCGCGGAGCCUCUCUCAUCCGCUGAAGAGGCGGGCUAUAUCUACAUAUACUGCGUGACACCCAGUGACUCACAGCCCCAGGCAGACGAGACUGCCUCUUUAAUACCGUCCUCGUCUGAUAGAAAUGAUGCUAGAAGAAGGCGAACAAGCGAUAUCAUGUCCUCUGCAGGCAUCGCUCCCACAUCCCAAAUCACAAGACAUGACCCAGCUGGCAGACGGACCGCAAACACCAUAACCCUGAAGAUAGGGCGUGCAGUCAACGUCUGUCGUCGAUUGACCCAGCAAUGCUCUCAUAAUCUCACGCUUAUCCGAUACUAUCCUUACCAUCCCUCGUCUGGAGCUGCCUCAUUGGAGCUUCCACAGAAGGCUCCAAACGUGCAUAGGCUAGAGAGAUUAGUGCAUCUUGAACUCACUGAUAUACGAGUUAAACCUGGCAAGCCGUGCGGGGAGUGUGGGAGGAAACACCAGGAGUAUUUCGAGGUGGAGGCCAGUAAGGAACAGCUCAAGAGAGUGGAUGAGUGUGUUAGGAGGUGGGUUGAAUAUAGCCGGCUCAACCCAAGGAGCUGA